GACUUUUUCUAAAUCAAUAGCAAGAUGGCGGCCACCAUGAAGAAGACAGUUGCAGUUGAAGAUGUCAAUGUCACAUUUGAGGACCAGAAGAAGAUCAAUACAUUUGCCAGAAACACGAAUCGAAUGACAGAAUUCAAAGAUGAAAUAGAGGCAAAAAAGAAAUCUCUACAGAAUCUGCAGGAUGCCAGUGAUGACCUGAUGAUGGCUGAGGAUGACACGCUGCUCGUCCCGUAUCAGAUUGGCGACGUCUUCAUCAGUCACACACAGGAAGAGACCCAAGAGAUGUUGGAAGCUGCAAAGGAACAACUGCAGCAGGAAAUCAAAGACCUAGAAGGGAAGGUGUCGGCAAUACAGCAGGUGUUAGGUGAUCUGAAGGUCCAGCUUUAUGCCAAGUUUGGGAACAACAUCAACCUAGAGGCAGAUGAAAGCUGAGUGCUUUCUAAUGUGCAGAAUUUAGCCUUAGAUCUGUUUUUUGCUGUUUAGCGUGACACUGAAUCAAUGAUUAUGAUUAUAGGAGUUGGCAAGAUGCCACAAACAGUACUGGGAUCAGGCUAAGAGGGCAACUCUUUACACAUGGAAUUUUCAUGCAGCUCACAUAUUAUCCAAUCCACACAGUGCCAACAGGAUGCUUGCCAAACCAACAUGUAAUCAACAUGUUUGUCCUUUUCUCAAUAUCAACAUGAUUUUUCUCAGCAAUGGUU